GUUGUUCUGUGAGUACUCUCCUCCGAUGGUCCUUCCUCGCACCAGCCCCUGUGACAACCACGAGUGCCUCAAUGGGGCGCAGUGUGUCGUCGUGGGAACAGACCCCCGCUGCCAGUGUCUCCAGGGCUACGAGGGCGAUAGCUGUGAAACGCUCGUCAGUGUCAACUUUGUCAACCGCGAGUCCUACCUGCUACUUCCCUCCAGUCUCCUCUCACCAGAGACCAACAUCAGCCUGCAGAUUGCUACAGAUGAGGACAGUGGCGUGUUGUUGUAUAAAGGGGACAAUGAUCACAUUGCCAUGGAGCUGUACAGGGGACGCCUCAGGGUCAGCUACGAUACAGGAUCAUACCCUCCUUCCGCUAUAUACAGUGUGGAGACAGUGAAUGAUGGCAUCUUCCAUGCUGUGGAGUUGGUGGCGUCAGACCAGACUUUGUCUUUGUCAAUCGACGGCGGGACGCCCAAAUCCAUCAACUCCCUCAGCAAACAGUCCACCCUCAACAUAGAUUCUCCACUCUACCUUGGAGGAAUGCCAGAACGUGCCUCAGGGUCUGGGGGUCCCUCGUCCCUGCAGCACAGCUCAGGUGGUCGUAACGGCACCAGCUUCCACGGCUGCCUCCGUAACCUGUACAUAAACGGGAAGCUCCAGGACCUGGGGGCCGGGCUGGGCUCGGGGGCUCUGGGCUCCACAGCGGCACAGAGCACCAGCAGACAGUGGCUGGGCCAAGGGGUGGAGCCAGGCUGCCAGCCCUGUCAGAGAGGGGCCUGUGUCCAGGGCGACUGCCACCCGACGGGACAUCGAGGCUUCACCUGCACCUGCCACCCGGGCUGGACGGGAACAGUGUGCGACGAGCAAGUCAACAACCCAUGUGAUGGCAACAAAUGUAUACAUGGCACCUGCCUUCCAAUCAACUCCUACUCGUACUCAUGCCGCUGCCAGCCUGGUUUCGCUGGAGUACUUUGCGACGAGCAGGACCAGGACACAGCUAACCCCUGCAGUAUGUCACACUGUAAACAUGGCAAAUGUAGAGUGUCGGGCCUGGGGAAGGCAUACUGCGAGUGUAACAGCGGAUAUACAGGGGAAGCGUGCGACAGAGAGGUGGCCUGCAGAGGGGAACGGAUCCGAGAUGUCUACCAGAGACAGCAAGGCUACGCGGCGUGCCAAACCCAGGAGAAGGUCUCCCGCCUAGAGUGUCGGGGCAGCUGCCCGGGGGGAGCAGAAGGACAGGGCACCUGCUGCACCCCCCUCCGCAGCAAACGCAGGAAAUACACCUUCCAGUGCACUGACGGCUCUUCUUUUGUCCAGGAAGUGGAAAAGGUGGUCAAAUGUGGCUGUACAAAGUGUUCCUCGUAAAAAAAAAGAGAAAAAUUAAGAGACAUCACCCUUGGCAGAUUUCCUCCCCUCCAGAUAUGUUUUAUGUUCUUGCCCUCAUUACUUGAUCCUCGUACCCCUUGUCCAAGGUCCCGAAUCCUCCUGAGAGAAAACCCUUCACCCUCCACAGUCCCCUCCCCCAACCAUCCCUGUUUUUUUAAAAACCCUUAAAAAAAAGGCACAAAAAAAACAAGAGAAACAACUAAAAAAUAGUUUCUUUUCUGUAUCAGUGCUGGACUGAUGAUUGAUGCUUCCUCGGUGGGGAUGUUGAAUUGUAUUGUAAAGUACAAAAACAGACUUAUUUUUUAUUAUGAAGUGGAGAAAAAGACAAAAAAAACCACGAGAGAUGACUUUCUUCCCUUACGUCUACUUCUUUUUGUUGGUCACCUUGACUCCAAUGGUGUGCCACACUGUCUCUGCCCUGGAGGACUGACCGGUCACUGACGGCUAACUGCUUCCUGUAGACUUCCUGCUUCCUGUCUGUGAGUUGUGUAUUUAGGAGUAACCUUAACUGGUAGUACCACAGACUCACCACUAUGCGAAGCUGCAUAAAUGCACGGGAGAUGGCGGGCAGUGACGACCCCCUUCAACACAAGAAACCACCACUGUAGUCUGCAGUCUCCCUCAACAGACCUCUGAACCCUCUGAGACUGUGUCCACCAUCCUACUCACAGCUGCGCUCAAACUUGUGAUAUUUUUUACAGCUACUGAACAACACACACACAUAAAAAUGCUCUCACCAGUCUAAGA